AUGGACACUACAUCGGCUUACCCCCUCCCCCUCUUCUCGAACCUGACCGCAUCGUCGUCGCAGCAGAUCUCUGGUCUGUCGAGGUUCUGGUCGUACUACCUGUUACCUGUCCUUGUUGCCUAUCCGCUCCUCUGCCGGGCCUUACGAUUCCGACGCAUCAGGGCGUUGCAAGCCAAGUACAAAUAUGGCAGUCCGGCACAUCCAUCCUUUGAAGGCAUGACGGCCGACGAGGCGCAUGAUAUUGUCCAGGUCGUGCAUGAUUUCGAAUUCCCCGCCUUGUUCGACAAAGGCUUGCAGUUUGCCCUUUUUCGCACCUACGGCAUUCCGACCAUCAGCGAUCUACUCGUCAAGACAGGCCAACUGUCCAUGUCCAAGAACGUGCCGCGGCGGUAUGCCGACACCACCGUCUUACUCUCUGACAUAUACGGCGGUGAUCCCACAAGCGACCGAUGCAUUGCCGCAUAUGCUCGAUUGAACUAUUUGCAUGGCCACUAUAUCAAACAAGGCAAAAUUUCCAACGACGACAUGUUAUACACGCUGUCGUUGUUUCUCAACCAGCCGGUGGAAUGGAUCAACCGUUAUGAGUGGAGACAACUCACCGAUCUCGAGGUGUGUGCCAUGGGGGUCUUCCAUAAAGCUAUGGGCGAUGGCAUGGGUAUCUCCUUCAAAGUGCUGCCGUCGUACUCCACCGGCUGGAAGGACGGCCUCCAUUUCUACCGCGAGCUCGACGCCUGGGCCAAGCAGUAUGAAAGAGGCCAUAUGGUUCCCAGCCAGAGCAAUUACGACACCGCCGUCGAGACGCGGAAACUCAUCCUGAGUACACAGCCCACCUUCAUCAGAGGUGUCCUUACGAAGAUGGUCAGCGCUCCCUUGGACGAUCGACUGAGGGAGGCUAUCAUGUUCGAAGAGGCCCCGUCCUUAUACAUCUCACUUUUCAAUGGCUUCAUGGCGUUGCGAAGAUUCUACUUGAGACACUUGUCGCUUCCGAGACCAUGGUUCAGCACGACCCAGUUAUUGACCCAAGAACCCGACAAGAGUGGGCGAAGGUAUAUUCUCUGGUGGGACACGAUGCCAGUGUAUGUCAGACCAACCCUAUGGAAUCGGUGGGGCCCUGGGGCACUUGUCAGCAUGUUGCUUGGUGUGCCUCGUCCUGGCGACGAAGGCAUGCACCCUGAAGGAUUCGAAGUCAAGGAUGUAGGCCCAACAGUGUUCGUCGGGAAAGGGGCAAAGGAGAUGGAGGCGACCAAGGAGAAGCUGAGAGAAACCAGCACGGGUGGCUGUCCCUUCAACGUCCGACGAGAGACGUAG